UUUUUACCAGGACGCCUCCAGCAGCUGUCCACUGGCACGCAGGAGGGAGCGUCACGGGGGCGAAACAGGCGUUCAGGAGUGAACCGAAGCGGCUCUCUGCAGUCUCAGCCAGGAAGGUUUUCUCUCACCGUCUUCAGUCUGUGCAGGACCUGCAGCCCCACCAUGGCGGAUCAGUACCAGUUCAACACCAACGAGGAAAAGAUUGUGAAGGACAGCCACACCAAAGAGAUUGAUCUAAUCAACAGAGAUCCCAAGCAGAUCAAUGAGGAUGUUGUGAAGGUGGACUUUGAGGAUGUCAUUGCAGAGCCUGACGGUACACACAGCCUGGAUGGGGUGUGGAAGCUCAGCUACACCACCUUCACUGUUUCCAAGUACUGGUGCUAUCGCAUCUUAUCUGCUGUCUUUGGCAUCCCUGUUGCUCUGCUCUGGGGCUUCCUGUUUGCGUGCAUCUCCUUCUGCCACAUCUGGGCUGUGGUUCCCUGCAUCAAGAGCUGUUUGAUUGAAUCACAGUGCAUCGGCCGUAUCUACUCUCUCUGCAUCCAGACCUUCUGUGAUCCCUUCUUCGAAGCCCUGGGAAAGAUCUUCAGCAGUGUGCGCGUUGCACUGCGGAAAGAAGUCUAAGAACUCACACAAAAGCGUUUAUAGUAGGAUUGGAUGAAGUGCGGUAUCUUUUUGUACACCAGGAGCUCACCGCUGGCAUCUUGCUUACUCCCUCAUCUUCUUCACCCUUUAUAACAUGCUGUUCUCCACCCACCCGUCCUCAAGCUCUGUCCUGGCAUGCCCACAGUGCCUUUUGCCACCAGAGGCUCUAUGACAGCUGCAGCAGUCAGCAUGGUUCUGUGACAGCUCUGGCGCCCCUUGAGGGCUCGGUGGUCCUCACUAAGGGAGAAGACGGCCGCCUGUCAUGACGAGGAGCGGCCUGCACUCAUUUAUUUGUAUCACAUAAACCAAAGACAAUAGCUACUCAAUCACAAGAAGUGAAAGGAACUCCCUGACACUGCUGCCCCUGUGGACAAUACCGUCUGAAUGCAUUACAGUAGAUCUAGACGUUCUUAAAAGUUCCAUUGAUGCUAUAUGGUGCUGUGUCUGGCAUUUACCUUUAUAUUGAUUUAAUUGGGUUAGACAUUCAUAUAGGUAACCUUAUUUAAAAAGCUCUAACAAAAAGAAAGGAAUUUCUCGUUUUCUCUGAAUCAUGUCUUUUUUAAUUUGUCACGACUAAUGACAGUUUGCAGAGGGAAGAAACAUGUUUAGAAUCAUCCACGCAGAUCAUUUACUUCCUUUUAUUGAAGAGGGAUCCGUUUAUGUCUUCACUAUUCUAAUACACUUGCAAUUGAUUAAACGGUCCCUACAAUUAAAUACAGUGUUUCUGUGCAUGAUUCAUAGUAUAAUGUGUGUUAUGUCAAUCAAUCAUGAGUAGCAUAACAAACAUUUUCAAGAGUCACCAAACAUCUUAACACUGUGUCCGUGACAUUGUGGUUUACUUGAGUUGACCUUGGAGUUGGGACCCACUAGAGGCUGCUGUUGUGUCUUUCAUUUGCUUCUAUUUCAUGUCUGAGAUCCAUUAUUCAUGAUUCAUUGUCACCACGUCCUUCUUUGUCCAUUGCUGCAAAGUGUUUCUGUCUGGCCAACUAAUUUGUCCUAGAAUACAAAAUAUAAAGCUGAAAUGCCUGUAAGCAGUUAUAAUACGGGUAGAUAAAAUCCAGCGUUCUGAUUGAUUGAGUGAGUCACGAGGGUUACAUUAUUGCCUAACAACGCUCCCGAACUGCUACAUUAUUGAACGAUAAAGUACAGCCUCUUGUACCUUAUUGCUUCAAUAAAGCAUUGAUCGGAUCAA